ACAUGCUUUAAUUUUAACCUAUUUCCCUCCUAUUUCCUAUUUCCUAGUUUUAACUUUUGAACUGCAAUAACAAUACCUUACAAUAUGAAUAUUUAUAAAAUAAAAUAAUUAUAGUCGAAUUGAGAAUAUUGAGAUGGAAAUUAACAACACGAUAUAUCGUAAAACUGCUACAGGAAAACUCAAACGGCAAAGAAAAAAGUUGCAUAUUCCUGCCAAGAGCCAGAAAUUUCCAGAAAACCAGGCAUCUCCAAAAGGGGAUACUGUACCACUUUUGCCUAUAUCUCCACCAAAAGAAGAUCUCUUUGCUGGUCUUAACAUCGAUAUCAACAAUAUUAAGAAAAGCUUAGUGUCGGAUGAUGUGCAGAGUAUUAAGUCAAACAAGUCUAGCAAAUCUGAGUCAGGAAAACAGAUUCUUCCCAAGAAAGAAAAGAUCAAACUAAGAAGAGAACUGCUGCUUAAAAAAAUCGAUACUGUUAAUCAAAUGAAGAAAGAGUUAAAAAUCAGGGAGAGAAGGAAAAAUACAGCUGUCAUUGGUGAUACUAAUCCCCUUCACGAUGCACUGCCUUCUUUAGAAUCAUUAUUAAAAAAUAAAUCAAGUAUCAACUAUAAUAAUACAAAAACCAUUAAAAAGAGGGGCAUAGAAAAAGCAACUCAAAGGAAGAAAAAACUAGUUGAAGGUGUGAAGAUUUUUAAGCAGACGCUGAAGAACAAGGAUUUCAAGAAAAACCCUCUCGAGGCAAUUUCCAUUCAUGUUAAAGCUAUGGUGGAGCAGGAACUCAAAAAUAAAUGUUAAGGUAUUUCCGGAGAAAAAUUGACUUCCGUAUAGUAAGAAGCAUGCUGGCAAGUGAUUUUAACUGAAUUAAAACAAUUAUUUUCAAUUUA